ACGGGUUGAGUUGAGAAGCGAGAGUGACAACCUCGGCAUCUCCAACAGACGAACAUAGUCAAUCUGGGGAAUGCUCGCACCUUCCCGUUCCCUCCACUUGAGCCGUUAUUUAACCAUUAUUUACGAUAGAUAGCUUUCUCUCUGCUCCGCGUCUCGUUCGAACUCCUUUUUUUCACAGUUCCUCAUUGCUCAAUCUUCUGCUGCCCCGUACCUGUUGCUGCCGGUCGCUGCCCCAAGCUAGUGACGUGCAUAUUCCCCCAAGAGAGCCAACAACUGACAGCUGAUAAUCUACACCAAUAAGAUGCCGUUCAACACCGAACUCACCCGGCGUCUGGGCAUCAAGAUUCCUGUCGUGCAAGGCGGCAUGCAACAUGUGGGAUAUGCUGAACUGGCCGCUGCCGUAUCCAACGCGGGUGGCUUGGGUAUCCUCACGGCUCUGACACAGCCAACCCCAGAAGACUUGAGGAAGGAAAUUCGCAGAUGCAGGACCAUGACCAAGAAUCCAUUCGGUGUGAAUAUCACCUUACUCCCAGCCCUUGCGCCACCUGACUACGGUGCCUAUGCCCAAAUUGUUAUCGACGAGGGGAUUAACAUUGUCGAGACGGCGGGAAACAGCCCUGGCCCCGUCAUCUCUAAACUCAAGGCUGCCGGAGUCAUCAUCCUGCACAAGUGCACCACAAUCAGACAUGCACAGAGCGCCAUUAAGCUUGGCGUGGACUUCCUCUCCAUAGACGGCUUUGAGUGUGCUGGACACGUGGGCGAGUCAGACAUCACUAAUUUCAUACUGUUGAGUCGCGCACGGCAAUCGCUCAAGGUGCCCUUCAUCGCAUCUGGCGGCUUCGCUGACGGGCAAGGCCUUGCUGCCGCACUGUGUCUCGGUGCCGAGGGCAUCAACAUGGGCACCCGCUUCAUGUGUACUGUCGAGGCUCCUAUCCAUGACAACAUUAAGCAGACCAUCGUCAAGGCACAGGAAACCGACACAGCCCUGGUCAUGAGACGGUGGACAAACACCACUCGCCUGUACCGGAACAAGGUGACAGACGAAGCCAUCAAGGUCGAAAAGGAGAGCAAAAGUGGCAAGUUCGAUGAGAUGGCACCGCUGAUGAGCGGCAAACGUGGACGUGAAGUCUUCAUCAAUGGCGAUCCUGACUACGGUGUGUGGACUGCAGGCCAAGUCAUCGGUCUUAUCCACGACGUCCCUACGUGUCACGAACUUGUGACUCGCAUUGAAAAGGAGGCCGAGGAGACUCUGACGUCGAAACUCAAACUUACGUCGUUAGAGUCGAAGCUGUGAUUGGUACUCAUAACAACAGGGCUAUUUGUGCAUGGGAGAGUUAGUGAGUGAUUUCAGGUGUUUGGUGUGUCAGUAGAGAUUGCAGUCUUGACAUCGACAGCGAGGUGAGGUCAGGGUUGGUUAUAGAAGGUCAAACAAAACGCAAGGCAACUCUGUCUACAACUGUACAUUACAUCCACCAUCUUUACUGGGAACAGGUUGAGCCACCCCAAACCCUUAAGUUGGUAGCUUAUACCCCCAACCGUAAAACCCCUGAUCGGCGCAAUACUUCUCAGUCGUCCUGAGCUCUCUCGAAUGUUCCGCUCUCCAGACAUGCAAAUUGUUAGUGGAUGAAACAUCC